GAGCAAUGGCUAGUACUUUCAACGCAUAGCGACGCCCUCUCCAGAAAAAUGUACUUUUUAAAUCUUUUGUUCAUCUUUUCUCCGAUCAAGUGUGUAGGUAGGAGCAAAAUAUUAUGUUUUAAAUAAUUAAUCUGAUUCUGAUAGGGUACGUUGCUGCCUCCGUGUAGUGGCAUUUGUGCAACGGUUUAGGAAACGAUGCGGCUAUCCUAACAGCUCCCAGCGGAUGCCAGGACAGCCUUGAAACUCUCGAUUGAUGUCUAGUCCACGGCGGCAUUGUCCAGAUGGUUACAAGCAAUUAUUGUUCGUGGGAAGAAUGAUUGUUUAUAUUGAACUGUGUUACAACGAGGCACAGUGAAGCAUUUAUCAUUAUUCCGAAUGUAACUGCUCAUGGAGUUGUCAGAGGUGAAGUCAGUGUUUAUUGAGCGUUUGGCUCUGAUUAAGCGACCUGGCCUCUGUGGGGUGAGAUACGUGUUAGAUGGGAUAGCCGGCACUAGCCCCAUGACCUAUUUAUAUAGGAAUGUUAGACUGAGCUUUUAUCGUCUGUCUUUGAGGGAGGGGAGGUCUUUAAGAGGUCAGUUAGGAAGCCAGGAGAGGUGGAGUUGUCGUCACUUGCGAUGAAGAACACCGCGUUUCGUUGUAUUCGCUCGAUCUUGUCCACGUCUUGCUUUAAGGUAUGUGUCCCAGAUUAUCGCACCAUAUUCUAGUAAAAAUCUGCAAUCCAACAAAAAAAUAUAGUUUUAAUAUCUGAGCUGAUUCAUUUUAGACACUUUCUAUCAGAAAGUACUGCUCUGUUGGUCAAGUACUGCUCCGUUUGUCAAGUACUGCACCGUUGGUCAAGUACUGCUCCGUUGUUCAAGUACUGCUCCGUGGAUCAAGCACUAACCCGUUGGUCAGGUACUGCUCCGUUGGUCAGGUACUGCUUCGUUGGUCAAGAACUGCUCCGUUAUUCAAUUACUGCUCCUUUGGUCAAGUACUGCUCCGUUGGUCAAGUACUGCUCCGUUGGUCAAGUACUGCUCCGUUGGUCAAGUACUGCUCCGUUGGUCAAGUCCUGUUCCUUUUGUACAGGAUGAGACGGCACUGUUACCCAAUUUAUUUUGACUAUAUUGUACAGCACUAGUUUUUUAUACUGGAGAUAUAAAGCUGAGAAAUGUCGCAGAAAACAUACUUCUAGAAAUAGGCAGGUUUUUUUUUCUUCAGUUACCUCCAUUUCCACCUCCAUGGGAACAGAGUUUUUGGUGGCUGUGCCCAUGUUGAUGGACGACGAAAAUACACACAAUUCUGGAAUUACCUUUGUUAUGACGACUUCCGCACGCAAGCCUGUUACGGUAAUUUAAAGUAACGUUUAAUAAAUGUUACUAUAUAUUUUAUUUGAUUUAAACGAUGCAUUUACAUUUGUUGAACACAAAUGGGUCAAUUUGAAGUGUAAUUUUUAUGUGUUUGUAUCGAGUCAAAUAGUCAGAUAACAUUAAUUCCAUGCUGUUAUUUUUGUAUAAGCGAUGUUACAUCAAUUUAAAGACGGAAUGAAAUUUUAAAGUUAUAGAUUUUUUGGGACAUUUCCGUAGGUUAUGAUUACAUGUCCUGGAUUUAAAGGUGAACCGAAGCUUAACGAGGCCGUGUCCUUACUGAGACUGAUGCCAGUGGAGUAUCAAAUACCUUCAAAGUACAGGUAAGCAUUUAGAAGACAACUUAUUGAAAAUAUGAAAACAAACAAGGAUUUCUUAUUUAAAUUAAGUUUAAAUGUGUUAAGGUAACGGAAAACAAUUUUUCCAGAUCUUCCCCAUAUGUUGUUGUUGGAGAUAAACUACCGUUUCUUAAAGCACGCAACAGGUAUGCGCAAGAAAUCAGGCAUGCAAAGUCUGAUCAUAUUCAAACUCUCCUAACGGCAGCAGGUACUGAUUCUCGCAAGACGUUCUCUGUAGUGAAUGGCCUUCUUGGGAAGAAAUCAGCACCCCUUGUUUUGCCUAACAUGAGAAGCCAACUAGCUGCAGUUAAACUGAGUUAUUUUUUCACUGGAAAAAUUGAAACAAUCAGAAGGAACUUUGGGGAACGUUGCGAUUUGUCUACGCUGGAGACAGUCUUUGAAGGCAACUUUCUGAUGGAAUUUUCCCCAAGUUUCCCAUGAACAAAUAAGAAUUAUAAUCAUGGCAUCUAAACCUACAUCUUCUAUUGUUGACCCCAUCCCACCCAAGAUUGUUUUGGACUGUCUGGAAGUCUUGCUUCCUGUACUGGUAAACAUCGUGUAUAUUAGCCUUCAGUCUGCAACAGUCCCACGUCUCUUCAAGACAGCAGUCGUUAAGCCUCUGCUUAAAAAAAAAGAUGUCUUGACCCAAAUGACUGCAAGAAUUUUCGCCCGGUCUCCAACCUGCCCUUUGUAUCUAAGAUUCUUGAGAGAGUCGUGUCACAGCAGCUUGUGCAGCAUCUAAACACUUAUGACUUACUUGACAAGUUUGAAUCUGCAUAUCGACCUGGGCACAGCUGUGAGAGAGCACUGCUCCGUGUUAUGAAUGAUGUUCUUUGUAGUGCUGACCGUUGCGAUCUGACAAUAUUGGUUCUGUUGGAUCUCAGUGCUGCCUUUGAUGUGAUCGACCAUGAGCUUCUCCUGUCAAGACUUCUGAAUGUGGCAGGCAUUACUGGAACUACACUACGCUGGUUUUCUUCUUAUCUGACUGACAGGACUCAGCGUAAUGAAGUGAAGCAGGCCUCUUCCAUGGACACUUCUGUUACCUGUGGGGUGCCACAGGGCUCAGUUUUAGGACCUAUUCUGUUCUCCAUGUAUACUAGCCAGCUCGGCAAAAUUAUUGAAAGUCAUGGUAUUUCCCGAAAAAUAUUUGGGGGAUGACACAGAACUGUACACGUGUUUUCGCCCUGAUCCCUUGGAGUGUGCUACUGCUGUUCAGGCUGUCGAGGACUGCUGUCUUUCUAUGAAAGAUUGAAUGUCACCAAACAGACUAAAAUUAAAUGAUGAUAAGACUGAGGAAAUUAUUUGUGGUUCAAACGCCAAUUUUCGGAAAGUUACAAUUGCAUCAAUAAAGGUCGGUGAAUAAGAGAUCCUGUUGUCCUCGACUGUCAGUGACCUUGGCUUUUAUAUUGACAGUAAAUUUAGUAUGUUUCCCCAUAUCAGUUCUGUUGUCAAGGCAUGCUUCUGUCAUCUGCGUGCCCUGGGUCAGCUGCGUCCUCAACUCAACAGGAGAACAGCCAAUGCUGUAGCAGUUAAUCUAAUCCAGUCAAGAUUAGUUUACUGUAAUAGUUGUUUGUGUGAUUUACCUCAGAAACAAAUUCAGAGACUCCAAAAGAUACAAAAUACUGCAGCUUGCAUUGUAUCACGGAUGAAAAAAUCUGACCUCAUCACCCCAGUUCUACGAGAUCUCUAUUGGGUUCUGGUGAGUGAGCGCAUUAACCACAAAAUUCUGUCCCUGGCGUACAGCUGCAUAGAUGGCUCAGCACCGGAAUAUUUAAAGGAAAGAUUUAUAAACCUGUACCCUUGAAGAGCCCGCGGUCUUCAUCACAGUACUUACUGAGUGUUCCUAGUGUGGAUGAACACGAACAAUUCUUACGGAGUGCGUUCUUUUGAAGCGAUAGCGCCAAAAUUAUGAAACAGUUUGCCGCAAUUUUUGAGGGGAAUUGUGAAUGAUAAAAAAUCAUUUAAAAACAAUUAAAAACUUUUUUUUCUUUAAAUAGAUUUCGGAGGACCAGAGCGCAAUGAGCAUGCACAAAUGGCAUGGAUACCAGCGUGAUAUAAAUAUCAGAUCAAUCAAUCAAUCAAUCAAUCAAUCAAUUAAUAAAUAAAUCAAUCGAUAAUAGAAGUAUUAGACUUGCCCGCGUUGUUGUAGUUGGUGUUGCUAAGGAAGGUCAUGUGGUUGUAGUUGGUUUUGCUUGGAAAGUACUUGUGGCUGUGGUUGGUAUUGCUACAAAAGAUCUUUGUUGCUGUAGUUCGUAUAACUAGGCAAGUCCUCGUUGCUGUAACUGGUAUUGCCAGUGUUGCUUUAGUUGGUAUGGCCUGGCUGGUCAGUUUUUCUUUCAAUAAUUUGAUCAAGACACCACAUGUUGGAUUUGAUAAAUUGUCACGCUAUAAGUCUCGGUUCGCAUCCCUGUCGUUACAAGUUCGGAUGAAAAGAUAUCGGAUAACAUUAGAUCAAAUGCGUGCAUACGAAUUCAUUGAAUAUAGUUUACAAUGUCCAAAUAUUAUGCACCAGUGACCAAUCAUUUGCAAUGCAUAAGGUUGAUUGGUAAUUGAUUUUACACUGAUAGUGUAAUUAUUUCAUUUUAAUGAAUACUUUUAAUGAAGACCAAUAUAAAUCAGAGCUGCUAGUCCUAGAGUAAUAAAGUGCUUCAAGUCUUGAGGAGCCAUUUAAUACACAAAUAGCGUGAAUCCGGAGAUUUAAGCGGCCGGUACGCAUGCGAAAUUUUAUAUAUAUUUCUUCGCACAUUAUUGCUUUUUAUUACGCGAAAGAAGAUUAUAAAAAUUAAUUUGAUCGAAAUAGGGUGAAAAAAAAAACCCCACCAAAAUAAUUCAAAUUGCAAGACCACUUAAGUCAUCACGAAAAACGAUUUUUAAAAAAUCCAUCUAAAAAAAUAAAAAUCGCAUAUCUUCCCAAAUCCUUAAAAAAUUCCAAGCUGUUUGGCACGAAACAUUGUAACGCCCUGAAAUAACGCAAUCCUAUUUGAUAGGCACCGUUUAUCAACUUAAAGCAAUGAUUUACUGUGGGCCGAAUGGUAUAGAGACAUGACAUAUGCCAUAAAACUGACGGCCAAACCGUUUUGUUCGGCCAGCGCUAGUUGGCUCCUGCAAAGUUGAUGUUCAGGUGUGAUUUGAUUACUCAAACAGAUCGGAAGUAGAAGUCGGACCCAAGUGGAGCUACAAGCUCAUGAGUGAUACCAUAUUUGCAUUAUAUGUUCUACUGAUGGCCAGCAGUAAGUCCGUGGAUACAUUCCUAGCCCUUCCCACAGUAGCCUGGCGCAAACAAUACUUAGCCAUUACUGUAAGGUAAGCAGUCUUUACUGUAAGGUAAGCAUUACUCCACAUGUUUGCCUUGGGGUGUUGUGCCUCACGUCGCCAAGUUACUUUUGGUAAAUUUUUUACAGAUUUUUAUACCCUUCAAUUGAACAUUGAAAAAUCCGAUUUUUGCCCACAUACCGCAAAUGUUAAGGCUAGAAAUCAUGGGUAGGUAACCUACGGCCUUGGAGCCAGAUGAGAUCUAUUCGGCCCGCCAAAAAUAAAAAUAAAAAUUGGCCAUCGCUUUGAAAAAUCUUAAUAUUUGUCUGAUAUUUAAUCUUGCUUGUGUAAUUAAAAUACGCCAGCGACAUAUCUUGUAACUUGUUCACAAAAAGUUUUAAGGUAUAUUGACUUUAAUUCGGAUACUAUGUUUUCUAAGCAGCAAAAAUGGCCACGACCCGCUGCCGGAUGGUUUUGUUUUUUAGGUCACUGUCCCACAAGGAAGGUUGCGGGCGUCUGCGAUAGCAUCAUUAUACUGUUUAACAUUCCCAGCAUUACGAUGUAGUUUUAAUAAACGCUAGUAAAGAGUAUGGCUUAUUUUUGGCUUCAGCGUAGAUUUAUUUUCAGCCACCACUUAUCUCGAUAGUAGGGCAUUAAAAUUGACGCCACCGUGUAAAUGUGGUGUGGCACCCUUUCCUUGCCCGCCUCUUUCUUGGCUGAGAAAAAUUUGUUCACAUUGGAAUGCACUCUAUUUAUUCCAAAGAAUGCCAUUUGGUGAAGUAAUUUCUACAGUUGUUGUACUAGAACGUUCUGAUUUUUUUCCUGUUUCGGUUCAAAAAAGCGCAAGUUUAUUUCUUCUUGUUCUUAAAAAUAUAAAAAAAAAACAACGUGCCAAAUCUUGUUUCUGGGACCUGGCCAAUCUUCGUUUUACUAGAAGAAAAAAAAUUAACUAGUAGCUCUGUAGAGGCAAAACUGUAUUACAAAUAAUAUAAAAUAUUAUACACAAACAUUCACUUAUCAUUGCGCCUGUUGCCUUAGACAACCUACAUUUUAUUUCUUUGUCUGGCUUCACCAGUUACAAAAGAAGUAUCCAACAAGCGAUGCAUUUAUUUAUUUAUUAAAAAGCCAAUAUGUUGUAUCGGCAGUGUGACUCCGUCUCUUCAGAUCAUCUCAGCUAAAGAAGACAACACCGUCAGAGUACUGCUGCAAUUUCUCGGAGUCAGUACGAGCAUCCUAUACGAAGGCCGGCGUUAUGGGAAUAACGACACUCUUCAGUUCAAAUUACAAGUGUGAGGACAUGGCUUUGCUGGAAGAAUGACAUUGUUUGGUGUUUUAUUUGAAUGAAGAAUGGCAUUGUUUGGUGUUUUAUUUGAAUGAAGAAUGGCAUUGUUUGGUGUUUUAUUUGAAUGAAGAAUGACAUUGUUUGGUGUUUUAUUUGAAUGAAGAAUGGCAUUGUUUGGUGUUUUAUUUGAAUGAAGAAUGGCAUUGUUUGGUGUUUUAUUUGAAUGAAGAAUGACAUUGUUUGGUGUUUUAUUUGAAUGAAGAAUGGCAUUGUUUGGUGUUUUAUUUGAAUGAAGAAUGACAUUGUUUGGUGUUUUAUUUGAAUGAAGAAUGACAUUGUUUGGUGUUUUAUUUGAAUGAAGAAUGACAUUGUUUGGUGUUUUAUUUGAAUGAAGAAUGACAUUGUUUGGUGUUUUAUUUGAAUGAAGAAUGACAUUGUUUGGUGUUUUAUUUGAAUGAAGAAUGACAUUGUUUGGUGUUUUAUUUGAAUGAAGAAUGACAUUGUUUGGUGUUUUAUUUGAAUGAGAAAGACAUUGUUUGGUGUUUUAUUUGAAUGAAGAAUGACAUUGUUUGGUGUUUUAUUUGAAUGAAGAAUGACAUUGUUUGGUGUUUUAUUUGAAUGAAGAAUGGUAUUGUUUGGUGUUUUAUUUGAAUGAAGAAUGACAUUGUUUGGUGUUUUAUUUGAAUGAAGAAUGACAUUGUUUGGUGUUUUAUUUGAAUGAAGAAUGGCAUUGUUUGGUGUUUUAUUUGAAUGAAGAAUGGCAUUGUUUGGUGUUUUAUUUGAAUGAAGAAUGGCAUUGUUUGGUGUUUUAUUUGAAUGAAGAAUGGCAUUGUUUGGUGUUUUAUUUGAAUGAAGAAUGGCAUUGUUUGGUGUUUUAUUUGAAUGAAGAAUGGCAUUGUUUGGUGUUUUAUUUGAAUGAAGAAUGGCAUUGUUUGGUGUUUUAUUUGAAUGAAGAAUGGCAUUGUUUGGUGUUUUAUUUGAAUGAAGAAUGGCAUUGUUUGGUGUUUUAUUUGAAUGAAGAAUGGCAUUGUUUGGUGUUUUAUUUGAAUGAAGAAUGGCAUUGUUUGGUGUUUUAUUUGAAUGAAGAAUGGCAUUGUUUGGUGUUUUAUUUGAAUGAAGAAUGGCAUUGUUUGGUGUUUUAUUUGAAUGAAGAAUGACAUUGUUUGGUGUUUUAUUUGAAUGAAGAAUGACAUUGUUUGGUGUUUUAUUUGAAUGAAGAAUGACAUUGUUUGGUGUUUUAUUUGAAUGAAGAAUGGCAUUGUUUGGUGUUUUAUUUGAAUGAAGAAUGGCAUUGUUUGGUGUUUUAUUUGAAUGAAGAAUGGCAUUGUUUGGUGUUUAAUUUGAAUGAAGAAUGGCAUUGUUUGGUGUUUUAUUUGAAUGAAGAAUGACAUUGUUUGGUGUUUUAUUUGAAUGAAAUAAGCGAAAUGUAAAUAUGCAUAUUUUGUAACAGAAGCUUGUUGAGAGUUUAAAAAUGUUUACUGUGGAGGAUGUCGGGAGCCUUUACUAUUUAAAAUGCCCCAAAAAAUGUAUCUAAGGAGCGAGCUAAUGAGACCAUGCAACACUGGAUUGUUAAAAGAAAUGAUAGUGAUUUUUUAAAAUUAUUUUACGAAAAUCGAAUUUAAUUUAAAUCUGAUAAAAUUUGUAUGCCUUUAUACAUAUUUCCUAAAUAUCAUCAGAAGCUGUGAAAUACUGUAAAGCUGUUUUUUAAAAUACAGAAACGUUAAAAACGUAAUUUAUUUAAUUGUUAAAUAUUGAUAAUUCAUAACGGCAGGUUAUAAUGUAUAGCAAACUGACUUCCAUUAUCCAUCCAUUGACACCGGGUCGAAUCUUCAAGUAUUUAAUAAUUUUCCAAAGUACGAAUAUAAAUCAACAAGAGGGCCCACAGGAAUAUUUUUUAAACAAAAUAAAAAUAAUUAAAAAUUGCGAAAAGUACUUAAAAAAUGUAAUGUAUUGAUUUGCUAGUCUGGUUAGAUUUUUCUGGUCAAAGACAAUGGUUUACAUUUUCCGGAUGGUUAGACUGAACCAGUUUAUGAGCUAUUCUAUUUCUAUUUUUAGUUCUAAGUCCAAUAAUAGCCUGCUAUGUCCCAGCUCUAUCAAUUCUAUACCAAAUUUAGUUGUAUGUGCAGAGCAAAGAUUUGUUGUGUUUUCUCUUUUGUUUUUUUUUUCAGAGGAGAAGCAUUUGCUGUAUCAAAAUGUCGCAAUCAUCAAUACGUAUCCCUUUCAGGUAAGGUUUGAGGUUUUCCAACUUUAAAACAAAUAUCAAUCGCUGUAUUUGAAAAUGAUUGUCUGAAUGUUAUGACUUUUAUACAUGAUUUAUUUAUUGCAACAACUUGACGGACUACUUUUAUUUCAGUUAUAUUUUCUAUAUUCGCUUAUGACAAUGUUUUUCAAUAUUAUUUCGCAUACUCGAGAUCAAACGGAUAAUAAAUAAAACUGUCAAAGGUAUGAGAAUCACUGUUGUCAGUAAGAACGCUGGUUGGGUGCGUGAGUUGCGUCAUGAGUAUUACUCUGUCUGGAUGAUCAAUGGAUGACAUGAAUAGAAGAAUACACAAGUGUGUGUAUAUAAGUAGUGAGAUAGAGAGAGUGGAUUAGAGAGAGUUGAUUAAGGAGAUAAUCAAUGAGAUACUACUGUAACCAGGUGACUCUGGCAAAUACACGGAAAAAGCAGAACCCUAGGCAUUCAUAAAGUCUUUUUGUUCCAGUUUAAGGUCACUAAAGAGUAGAAAAUAAUUUUCUUAAAAAGUGUUAAAAUUCAUUACGCAAAGAAAGACUGUGUAGAAAAUAUUUUUCAAAAUUUUGAAAAAAAACAACAUAUUAAAGGUUCUUCUAGCUUUACUUAAUUGGAAUCCCUUAGCUUCACUAAGUGCCUUACUACUCGCUUGCACAUUUUUAAUUUUUUUUUUUGCAUAAUGAAUUUUAAGAAAUGUUAAAGAAAAUUAUUAUCUUUUACUUUUCAUUGCACUUAAACUCGUCUUUGAAAAAAAGUAAUGUUUUUUAAAAAUAAAAGAUACUUAUUUUAUUUAAAUUAAUAUCGCGUAUAUAGUUUGGGGCGGAGGCAGUUUUAAGCUUAACAAGAUUUAUUUGGGAUAAUAGAAAAUGAUCGAAUCCUUUACAUCUCUUUUCGAAACCUCUGCCAGGCAGCUUAAUCACUGGCUCAAAGGAGAUCGGUGUCAUCAGUGGCAACUGCAAGGCACAACUCACGACACACGUGUGCAACAACAAGCAUGAAAUUGCUCAUCCAAAAUCCAAGGACAUCGUAGCAGGUCAGACGGUGACAACGAUUUAAGAAAAACUCAUUUCAAUUUGUUUAAGACUUCAGCGCCUUUACAGGCUGUCUAGUAGGUCCUCUGGUGCCAACGAUUUAAGUAGAACUUAUUUAAUUUGUUUAAGACUUCAGCGUCCUUACAGGAUAUCUACUAGGUCCCCUGGUGCCAACGAUUUAAGUAGAACUUAUUUCAAUUUGUGUAAGACUUUGAUGUCGUUAGACGCCAUCUAGUGGACAAAUACUCAUUGGCAUCGCACGAACUAGACAGUUUGCAUUGUGUAUGUUUUUAAAACAAGAAUUUUAAUCUUUACUUCAGGGACUUUGAAAGCUAAGUCCCGUUUUCUGACCCUUUCAUUUUGUCUUGUUUUGAUCGCAUACGAAGACGUUAAGCCGAAACGAUGGUUUCAUUUUUUAUAAUAUUUUAUGUUUAUUUAUAUCUUGGGACCAACUGAUGUCCUAUAUCGUCCUGGUCUUUCACUGCCAGCCACAACACAUCGUGUUUGCCUAUUUCCUAAUGUGUUUGCUCAUCCUCAGUUCACUCACGCCAUUCUCAGUUCACUCAUGCCAUUCUCAGUCCAUUCACCCAUUCUUAGUUCACUCAUGCCAUUCUCAGUUCAUUCAAGUCAUUCACAGUUCACUCAUGCCAUUCUUAGUUCACGCAAGCCAUUCUCAGUUCACUCACGCCAUUCUCAGUUCACUCAUGCCAUUCUCAGUUCACUCAUGCCAUUCUUAGUUCACUCAUGCCAUUCUCAGUUCACUCACGCCAUUCUCAGUUCACUCAUGCCAUUCUCAGUUAACUCAUGCCAUUCUCAGUUCACUCACGCCAUUCUCAGUUCACUCAAGCCAUUCUCAGUUCACUCACGCCUGUGAUUGAUUCCAACAGAGAUGAUGCCGUCCUCGAAGACAUCCGGCUUUACUUUCAUUCUGAUCGACAUGCCCAAGAGAUGGGUCAACGGGUCAUACUAUAUUGUAGGAGCUAGUGGCACAGAGCUGACCGUCACGCACGCCGAUAAAGUUAAACAGAUAUUCAUAGAUGAUAAGAGGAUCAUCUACUUGGUAAGUAACUGUUGAUGGGUGAUCACUUUAGUUACUCAUGUGUGAUUCAUAAUAGAACAUUUCAGCAGCUCCUUCUUUGUUUUUGUUGCGGCUCUAUUCCACUAUGAUAUUUAUGAUAGGGCUGAGUUGUUUGCCCUUGUAUUCAGUGUUUUGUUAGCGUCAAAUGGCAGUUACAUUUAGGAUCAGGACUAACAGGCAUAAACUUUGAGGAGGCGGGCUUACAGGGAUGAACUGUGAGGAAACUGGCUUACAGAGAGCUGCAAUGAGGAUUCGGGCUUAUGGGCAUGAGAUUUGAGGAUACUGGCUUGCAUGAAGUUUCAAGAAGGAUCCUAGCUUACAGACAGUCUCAAGUUUAUAUUACGCACUGAUUGCAUAAACGCAACGACUGGAAACCAUUUGAAACCAACUCUUAGAUCUAUUUGAAUGUGUUAAUUGCUUGAGAUGGUCUUUGCAAGCCAAUGCAAGUUGGUCGACAAGUGCAUCUUUUUUUGUGCGAUUUGUUUAUUAACCAGGGGCCACCACUGGUCAGCCCUAAUGCUUUCUUUCCCAUGUCUGUGAUAAUUCGACGCUUGCUUUACCCGCUCUUCUUCAUAGUUUUUGGUUGAUGUCUACAGCAACAGUCUCAUCUGUGCAGCCAGUCUCAUCUCUGAAGCCACAGUGUCAUCUCUGCAACCACAGUCUCAUCUCUGUAGCAACAGUCUGAUCUCUAUCUCUGCAGCCACAGUCUCAUAUCUGCAUCCACAGUUUCUUCUCUACAGCCACAGUCUCAUCUCUGCAUCCGCAGUCUCAAAAAGUCCCUUAAAACUCAUCUGUUUAGGUCGCCUAGGACCUGUGAUGCACCCUCCUUGCCCUGCCUCAUUAUCUGUCUGGGGUUGAUCCUGUAGUAUAGGCCAAAACGUGCCAAAGUGAACUCGUUUUAUAGCCAUUUUAAUUGUUUCUAUAGCAUAGUAGUUACUAUCCUAGUGUCUCUGGUUUUUCAUUUUUAUUUUACUUAGUUUACAUGUUUUAAAUAAUUGUUAAGCACUUGGAGAUUUAAGGUAAGCGCAAUAUAAAAAUGCCUAAAUAAAAAAAUAAAUAUCUGCAGCCGCAGCCUCAUCUCUGCAGCCACAGUCUAAUCACUUCAGCCACAACCUCAUCUCUGCAACAACAGUCUAAUCACUUCAGCCACAGCCUCAUCUCUGCAGCCACAGUCUAAUCACUUCAGUCACAGCCUCAUAUCUGCAACCACAGUCUAAUCACUUCAGCCACAGUCUCAUCUCUGCAGCCACAGUCUAAUCACUUCAGUUACAGCCUCAUCUCUGCAACCACAGUCUAAUCACUUCAGCCACAGCCUCAUCUCUGCAACCACAGUCUAAUCACUUCAGCCAUAGCCUCAUCUCUGCAACCACAGUCUAAUCACUUCAGCCACAGCCUCAUCUCUUCAACAACAGUCUAAUCACUUCAGCCACAGCCUCAUCUCUGCAGCCACAGUCUAAUCACUUCAGCCACAGCCUCAUAUCUGCAACCACAAUCUAAUCACUUCAGCCACAACCUCAUCUCUGCAACCACAGUCUAAUCACAUCAGCCACAGCCUCAUCUAUGCAACCACAGCCUCAUCUCUGCAGCCACAGUCUAAUCACUUUAGCCACAGCCUCAUCUCUGCAACCACAGUCUAAUCACUUCAGCCCAGCCUCAUGACUGCAACCACAGCCUCAUCUCUGCAGCCACAGUCUAAUCACUUCAGCCACAGCCUCAACUCUGCCGUCUUCAAUUUGAUAAUAUCAGUAAAAUAAACAUCCUCAUUUGGAGCUGUUUUAUUCUACAUAAUUCCCAUCUCUGUCUGGUGCCGCCAUUGCAAUACUUUUUAAAGAGUCGGAAAGGAUUGUGGGUUUAUGUAGGAAUGUAUGUUGCCUUGAACAUAUUCAAAGCCAAUGUGUUGUUUAAAAGAAAGUGCACGAAACGCGAUACCAAAUAAAACAUUCGAUCCGGUGUCUAGUUGUUUUUAAUCAGAUGGUUUCAAUGUAUUUUUUUACGCACUCAAUUAUUAGUCUUAUAAGAUGAUCAGUUAUAAAUGUUCAUAUAUUCAAUGUUCAUUAAUUCCAUGUUCCUCUAUUUAGGACACCCCGACAUGUUGCUCACAUGUUAAGAGUAAUCAACCUGUCCAGGUCGCCUUCGUUGCGAGACCUGCUUGCGUGAGAAUGGGGCACGACUACCAGGUCGUGGUUGAAGAGCCUCAGGGAGACGGAAGCCUGGCCAUGCUCGUACCCAAUGAACUCUUUUACGUGAUUUACGCCUGGAGGUGAGAACAGCCAGACUUAAGAUGGAUAUGUCUUAUUUCCUUGACUUUAAACGAAAAGCCAAUUUUAAGAAGCACAAUUGAAGGUCACACAAAAAGAAGAAUGGAUAAAGCUACGCAUCAAGAAAUAGUAGCAGAAACUCAGAAACUAGAUAGCAAAGCGUACCGUAAAAUACAACGAAAUGCUAAUUGAAUUGUUAACAAAUGUAGGAAAUAAUACAUGAUACUUAACGUUGUAUUAUUUGAAUUUUUAACAGUCGUUUAUAUGGAUCGAUAAUAGAAUAUGUAAAUGUCGAUAAAUAGACACCAUUGACACACUCAAUAAAUUUGGUGUCCUUCUAUGUGUUUUUUGGCGCUAUUCUUUAAUGACGUACGGCUCCGAAAAUAUUUUCUUAGCGGAUUUAGAACUCAUAUAAUUUUUAAAAAAACUUGUAACCAACGCUAAAAAGCUUGAAGAUCCCUGACCCAGACAGAAUUAAUACAAAAAAAAAAUACAAUACUUUGUCAUGAACGGCUAGGUCGAAGUAAUUUUAAAGUUUAAGAUUCCUGUAAAGGUACCUGGAACGUUAUAUCGUUGAAAGAAACGGGCAAGGUGAAGGAAUUAGUUCAUGAAAUUACCAGAUACAGAUGGGACAUCCUAGAUCUGUGUGCAAUGAGAUGAAAAAAACUUUGGAGAAAUAUCGAUCCAGGAGGGCCACUUACUGUAUUUUAGUGGACGGGAGGACACACACGAACGAAGAGUUGGCUUCCUCGUCCACAAAACAUUAAGAACAGUAUUAUGAGCUGUCGACCGGUUUCGAGCCGGCUCAUCACUCUUGUCUAAGGCCAACAAAAUUCAACAUCACCAUCGUGCAGGCGUAUGCACCAACUAGAGAUUAUAAUGACGAAGAGAUGGACGACUUCUACCAUCAGCUCCAGGGUGUGCCAAACCAAACACCCGAGAAGGACGUUCUUAUUGUUCAAGGUGAUUGGAAUGCCAAAGUAGGAGAAGAUGCCUAUAAAAACUGGAAAGGAACGUGCGGACGCCACUGUAACUCAACUUCAAAUGAGAGAGGACUGAGGCUCUUAAAAUUCGCCAGCUUCAACGAACUCAUACUGGCCAACACAUUGGAUGAACAUAAAAUGUCCAGGAAAACUACAUGGCACAGCCCCAAUGGGAAACACUGAAGCCAGAUUGACUACAUCAUGUUGCAAACCCGCUUCCGGUCUAGUAUAAACAUUGCCAAGACUUGCAGCUUCCCUGGAACUGACAUCGGGAGCGACCACGAUCUAGUCAUGAUGACCUUUAGACUGCACUUAAAGAGGGUAAACAAAAAAGAGAAUACCGGGAUCAAAUUCGACCUUGAAAAGCUGAAGGAUCCCAAAGUAGCAGAUGCCUUCCACGCAAUAAUUGGAGGAAAAUUUGCAGCGCUUAACAUCAUAGAUGCCGAUUGUUCAGACAUGGACACAUUAAUUGAUUACUUCAACGCAGCUGUGACGGACACAGCUCACGACAUCCUCGGUAAACAUCGACCAACCCGAAAACCAUGGGUGACAGCUUACAUACUUGAUGUGUGUGAUAAACGGAGUCAGUUAAAGAAAACAAAAAUGGUAGGUACAGAGGGGGCAUUAAAUAUAGGACAGUUAACCAAGCCAUCAAAAAAGGUAUGAAAAGGGCAAAGAAGAACUGGAUUGAAGAGCAAUGCUACAAAAUUGAAAACUGCUUGAACAAAAACAAUAGCAAUAAAGCUUACCAGUUGUUGAAAGAUAUAACCACUGCAACACAAGGCCAUAGCACUACCAUACAGGAUAAAAAUGGUAAAUGUUUGACCGAAGAAAAUGAUAUCAUAAAACGAUGGAAUGAAUACUGCUCAGAGCUUUUAAUUGAAAAUGUAAAGAUAGAACCAGAGAUCCUUUAAGUUCCUUCCAGCAACAGACAAUGAUAACUACCCUAUUCUCCACGCAGAAGUAGAAGCAGCAGUCCAGGCACUCCAAACAGGAAAGGCCGCAGGAGUGGAUAAUAUCCCUGUAGAGUUGGUGAAACCAGGAGGAGAAGCAAUGAUAAGUGCCCUAUUUGUAACAAAAUCUGGCUUACAGGAGAAUGGCCAAAACCAUGGACCCAGUCGCACAUCGUCACCCUCCCCAAAAUGGUAACCUAUAGCUAUGCCAAAACUAUCGAACAAUUAGCCUAAUAAGACAUCCAUGCAAGGUCAUGAUGAAGGUCAUAUUGAACCGACUAAGACCACAUACCGAUAGAAUUGAAAAUGAAGAACAGGCGGGCUUCAGACAAGGACGGGGCACUACUGAGCAGAUUCUAAACCUCCGAAUACUAUGUGAGAAAUAUGCUCAACACCAACAAAUCCUAUAACUUGUCUUUUUGGACUUCAAGAAAGCAUUUGACAGGGUUUGGCAUGCUGCUUUAUGGGCCACCACGAGGCACUAUAACAUCAACACUAAAAUAACCAGAAUGAUAUGCAACCUCUAUGAUAAGGCCACAAGUGCAGUCUUCCUCAACAACAACAUCGGAGAGUGGUUCAAGACCACGGUUGGAGUACGACAAGGCCGCCUGCUCUCCCCCACCCUGUUCAACAUCUUCCUAGAGAGAAUUAUGUCAGAUGUUUUGGAAGCGCAUGAAGGAACAGUCAGCAUUGGUGGCAGAACAAUCACCAACCUACGCUUUGCAGACGAUAUAGACGGACUGGCUGGGAACGAAGAAGAGCUAGCCAAUCUGGUAAAGCGUCUCGAUAAGAUCUCGUCGUCCUACGGCAUGUUAAUCAGUGCCGAAAAGACAAAACUUAUGACAAAUAACACCACAGGCAUCACCACUGAAAUUAAGGUCGGGGAGGAAAGACUAGAGACUGUCGCCCGCUUCAAAUACCUAGAAGCAAUAGUCUCAGAAGAAGGCUCCAAGCCCGAACUGAUGUCCAGGAUUGCGCAGACCACAACAGCACAAGAGGCUCAAGAAAAUAUGGAAUGACAAAAAUAUAGCCCCAAGCAUCAAAAUCAGGCUGAUACGCUCAUUAGUCAUCUCCAUUUUCCUGUAUGCCUGCGAGUCCUGGACAUUAACAGCCGAUCUUGAAAGGAAAAUAAAGACGAUAGAGAUGAGAUGCUUCAGAAGCAUUUGGGGCAUCUGCUAUAGGGUACAUAUCUCCAAUGAUACAGUAAAAGAAAGGGUUCGUCAGGCAAUUUGAGAGUACGAUGACCUACUGAUGACUGUGAAAAAAACGCAAACUACAAUGGUACGGCCACGUAACAAGGAAACAAGGGCUUGUCAAAAAAAAUAUUGCAAGGCACCACAAGAUGAGGGAGACGAAGAGGAAGACAAAGAAAAAGAUGGGAGGAUAACAUCAAAGCGUGGACAGGACUAACACUGGGCGAUGCUGAGCUUAGUGCUGAGCGUAGUGCAGAAGACAGAGACGAAUGGAGGAGGAUGGUCCACAUGUCAUCUUUGACGCCCCAAAGGUCCAAGGACUAAGGGAUAUGAUGAUGAUGAUGAAAGUAUAACUAAAGAACACUAGUGUUUAUACUUCCUCAAAUUUCGUUUGACUCUAACACCCAUAUUUUCGACGUGACCUCGACAGAACAUAUCAGAGACCCUAAUGAAUAUACAUACUUUUGACUUGUUCAGGACGCCAGAUACACUCGACCUCUACGGGAGUUUUGCCGCUCUUGUCGUCAAGUCUGAACAAAUCCCUGACCUUCGCUUGAAUGACCGGAAACUCUAUAAAGGGUAAAAGUAACAAAAUUUUAAAAGUGUCAUAAAUUUAUGUAAUCACUUGGCUUGACAGAAAAAUCAUAAAUCACUAAAUAGUAAACAGUUGGGUUUAUCUUUCGUCUUUUUCCGGCAACAACCGUGAUCUAUUAAAAAAAUCCAUAAUGAAAAAGAAUAAAAAGAGUGAAGCUAAAAAAAUAUUUUAAAGAUGACCAUUUGAACACACAGCAAAGCAUUAAGUAAGAAAAAAUGUGAAUAAAAAUUGUAUGAAUAAACAAAACUAGCGUAUUUUCCCAAAAAGUGCACAUCCAUAAUUUGCUCAUUUCCGGAUUUCCUCGAAAGGACAAGCGCUUAGAUCUGUUUCUAAACUUUACACUAAACGCUCAAUGUAUCUUUUUUUAAAUCCUUUAUAUUAACUUCGCUUUUUUGAAUUUAGGGGUAAAAUCUUCUGAAAGCUAAAUGACCCACAUCUCGUCAACCAAUCCAGCUAAAACUUAGCACAUAGACUCGUUGACGAUGACGAGCAGGUUUUGUCAAAAACCCCAAAAAUAUAUUUUACCUUUUUUGAAGGGGAAGAUGAAGAAAAUAUUAAGCCGCUAAUUUAAUGAAAUGAAAUUCUUGAUACCUGCGGUAGAUGAGGUGCUUGAAAAAAUAUCCCAAGAGCGUUUAGUGCGUAAUAUUUUUUUUUUUUCUCUGAAAUAGUUGGUGAAAUAAAUCUGCGGUGUAAAAGUGGGUUGGUCAUUUGAAUAUUAGAAUAAAAUAAAAUAACUAAAAGUGCAUAAAAAGGAUUUAUAAUUUCUGUUUUUGCUUUUAGGGGUGGUUUAACUAGAUUCGUAUAGAAAAUAUCACUUUUAAACAUAUGAUUAUGAAUUAAGAGUGUCGAACUGAAAUAUAAUGCUGAUUUAAAAAUAAUUCAAACCGUGAAAAAAAAAAAACACCAAAAAUCCUUUUCAGUGAAGCAAUAAUCAUUUUAACAUUUAAAGAAAUACAAUUUUGCAUUAGUUUUAACUUUUCAUUUAAUGCUGACGUACGUCAAUUAUUUUUAACAGCAUAUUUGAUUGGAAGCAGGUGGCCGGAG